AUGGCAGAUGCAAAACCUGUUACAAUCCUACUGGCCAGCCACUUUACACUGAGUAAAUCACAAUGUCCUAGAACUGAACCUGAAAUGAUUAAGAUGGAACAUAUCCCAUAUGCAAAUGUGAUAGGAUCUCUUAUGUAUGCCAUGAUUAGCACAAGGUCUGACUUAGCCUUUGUAAUUUCCUUACUCAGUAGGUAUAUGUCUAACCCUAGUAUGGAUCACUGGAUUGCUUUAAAAUGGGUUCUGAAAUAUAUCAAUGCUACCUUAAAUGUUGGAUUGCAUUACUGUAAAAGAACUGCUUCACUUGAGUUGGUUGGGUUUGUAGAUGCAGAUUUUGCAGGUGACAGAGACACCAGGAAAUCAACUACUGCAUACUACUUUACUUUAGGAGGCAACUGCAUUAGCUGGAAAUCCCAAUUACAGCUGACAGUUGCAUUAUCCACUACUGAGGCUGAAUAUGUGACUGUUGCUGACAUAUUCAAAGAAGCUAUCUGGCUAAAAGGAAUUCUUAGUGAAGCCAAGUUAACAAGUCAAAGUCCUGUCAUCUUUUCUGACAGUCAGAGUGCAAUACAUUUGAGCAAGAAUCCAGUGUACCAUGAACGUACGAAACACAUAGAUGUGAGAUAUCACUUCGUAAGGGACCUGAUCUCAAGAGAUGAGAUAGCACUUCUAAAGGUUUCAACCGAAGAAAAUCCAGCAGACAUGGGUACCAAGACAGUCAUUCAUACCAAGUUCAAGCACUGCUUGAAUUUGUUAUUCAUUCAGUAA